AUGGAUUUUAAUCGGAUUGUUGACAAGCUUGAGUCGACUGAUUGGUCAUUGAUAAUGAAUAUGGAAGAUGCUAACGAGGCAGCUGAUAAUUUUAACACAAUCUUAGAAAUGGCAAUAAACGAAAAUACAAGUUAUGUGGUGCCCAAACGGUCAGAUCGAGUUAUAAAGCCAUGGAUAACUCCAGGCUUAAUGAGAUGCCAAAAACACCGUGACAAUCUGCAUCUCGAAGCCAGGAGAAACCCUGAUAAUACAUUUAUCCAAAUCACUUAUAAACGAUACAGAAACUUCCUUUACGCGCUACAACGAAAAUUAAAGACCGAAUACGAGAAUAAUCAAAUUCAGCAAAAUAAAGAUAACCCAAAAAAGUUGUGGAAAACGCUCAAAAAUAUAUGUAAUCUCACACGCAACACUACCGAGGCUAAUGAAUUGUUGUCCGUAGACAAAGACCCUGAUUCUUCUUUAAACGCUUGUAACGAGUACUUCACUAGAGUUGGCAGAGAACUGGCUGAUGACACGCUCAGAAGAUUAAACACCCAAGAAGACCUGUUAGCUGCAGAAUACAAACCAAGAGUGCUUUGCAAGGACUCCCUCUUUCUGCAGCCAACGGAUCCUUAUGAAGUUGGUACGCUUAUUGACCAGCUAAAAAAACGAUACUGCACCGGGUAUAGACAGCUGCACCCCAAGGUUGAUUAA